CUUUGACGUAUAUCGAAUAGAAGACAUGAUGGUUGCCGACAAGUUCGCCGAAUAGCUCGGUUACUGGGCUUAAAAGGGCCGAAGGUUUGGAUGACGUCUUGUUGACAAUAUAUAACCCUGGAGUCACCACUGAGGCACUCCUCGAGCGUCUUCAAGAGAGCAUACCAGCUGCAUGAUGAUUCUGCCACGACGCGAUGUUGAAUUCACUGUCUGCGACGGUACAAUCCUUCGAGGAUGGCACUACCCAACACAAGAGAAGAGCCCAUGCAUCAUAAUGUCCCAUGGGCUUGCUGGAAUCCGCCAUUGGUUCCUCCCACGCUUCGCCUCACGCUUCCAAGAGUCCGGUUUUGCCGUCCUUCUAUACGACAACCGAAACUGGGGCGACAGCGACGGCACACCUCGACAAGAAUCCAACCCAGCCGUCCAGCAACUGGACUACCACGACGCCUUCAACUACGCCAUCACCAUCCCCGGCGUCGACUCGGAUAGGAUGGUCUACUGGGGCACCAGCUUCUCCGGCGGAAACGUCAUACACGCUGCAGCCAUCGACAAACGCAUCAAAGCAGCCAUCGCGCAAGCACCCUCCGUCUCCGGCGAAACCCGCUCUCUAGCAUUCAAGGACCGCAUCCCGGGACUAUUCAACGACCGCGCGGGCAUCGCAGCAGGCGGCCAGCGAGGCCGGGUACCCUGCAUCACAUCUACAGCUGAAGAAGCGCAAACAGGCACAGCACCCGUGCUCUUCCCCGAUCUGCACGCGUACGAAUCCUACAGCCAGAUCCCUGACUGCGGCGGGAAAUGGGAGAACCAUGUGACGGAGCAGACGCAGCUGCAUAUGCUACGGUUUGAGCCACAGGCGUAUAUGCAUCGGAUUGCGCCUACGCCGUUCCUCAUGGUGAUCCCGGGGGAUGAUGUCACGGUAAAGACAUCUUCACAGGUGGAAGCGUUUGGGAAGGCAAGGGAGCCAAAGCAGAUGCUGUUUUUGGAGGAGGCGGGGCAUUUUGAUAUCUACCAGGGGGAGUGGUUUGAGCGGAAUAUUGGAGUUCAGGUUGAGUUUCUUAGGAGAUAUAUUUAAUGGAAUGAUU